GAGGGCCGGACUAAGGGGGAGAAGAUUAUAUUAGGUAGAGAAAAGAAGAAGAGAGGAAACGGCUGAGCUAUAGGACAAGGGCAGCUCUGCCGGUGUAGACCCUCGGGAGAGAAGAUGAACACACGGGUAGAGGUGGGGGACAAGGGUGGAGCAGGUGAGCCUAAACGUUGGGGAGGCAUAACAAGACAACUGGUGAUGCGAGGUGAGAAAAUUGGUAGUCUGACACACGAUUCUGGAGCAUGCAGAUGGUGCUUGACAUUCAAAAUGGCGGCUCUCGAUGACAACAAAGAUAUUUCAGGAAAAAUGCGAAAAAGACGGUUUUCUAAGCCCUCGAGUGCAAGCUCAAGACCUGAAGAGUGUGCACAUCCUACAGUCAUGAAGGACAUGUGUGCUGAGUGUGGUGCGGAUCUGAGAGAAAAAUAUGGAUUGGCCGGAGAUCGGGCAGCCCCAACUGUGGCUUCAGUUGCUAUGGUACAUAGCAUCCCAGAGUUGAUGGUCAGCGAAGAAGAAGCACAGAACCUUGGGCAUGAGGAUGAGGCACGUCUACUAAGAACACGCAAGCUCGCUCUUGUGGUGGAUCUUGACCAGACAGUCAUUCACACAACCAAUGAGGAUGUACCACCUAACAUGAAAGACGUUCAUCACUUCCAGUUAUGGAACCAGGGCACGUGGUACCACACGCGCGUGAGGCCAGGUGCUGUGGAGUUUCUGCAGAGAAUCAGUAAGCUGUACGAGCUGCACAUCUGCACGUUUGGAGCGCGGUUAUACGCUCACACGGUCGCGCGCAUUCUGGACCCUGAGGACAAGCUGUUUCACCACCGAAUACUCUCGCGAGACGAGUGCUUUGAUCCCUGUUCUAAAACAGCUAGCAUCAGGGGUGUGUUUCCGUGUGGUGAUGCGAUGGUGUGCAUCAUAGAUGAUAGGGAGGAUGUGUGGGGAUAUGCUCCCAACCUGAUUCAUGUAAAGCCAUACCACUUCUUCAAAGGGACAGGCGACAUAAACUGGCUUCCCUUCCUACAACAGAGGUUUGAUAAUGGGGAGGUGAAGCAGGCUGAGCAGGAGCAGGAGGAGGGGCAGGAGGUUCCCUGUGAGAAUGCACAGGGUAUCGUGGAGGAAAAUGGAGCGGGAAACGUGGCCGCUGUCGACCUUGCAGCAGCGUCGGAAAACCCUCCUCAGGAUAGCGCAUCGAUAACGACGGCGAAGAGCACGUCCGAAGCACCGACCAAACAGCCAGCAGCGGAAGACAGUGCUGUGAAGAAUGGUUCGGCAGAAGUUACACCCGCAGAUGAGAUGCAGGAGGAGGUUCACGAGCGCGAGGAGGAAGGAGAACAUGGCACUGCUGACGACGCAAACUUCGCAUCAACUACAGAGGAUAAAGAAUGUGCAAGCAAAGUGGAACCUAGCGAAGGAGCUAAUGAGGAUGCUCCAGUGAACGAGCAUAAGAUGGAGUCCGGUGUUGAAACACCACUGAAACCCAGUGAAAAGAAGGAAAUUAGCGACAGUGUGGCUGCUGUGGGAGAAGAGUGUUCUGAAACAAGUGAAAAUGUAAUAGAGGAACGUAAAGUCACUGAAGCCAAAAAUGAGGAUUGUGUGAGAUUGGAGACAGGAACUGAAAAUGGAAAUACCGUUGAUAUUGAAUUGUGUCAAUCAAGUAAAAUUUCUGAAAAGGAAAUCGAUGAUAACCUUUGUGUCCAGCAACCGACGGCAGAGACUGAAAAGGAAAAACUUGAAAAGAAGAAAGAAGACGAGAAAGAUUUAUCGGCGUCUGAAGAUGCUCCCCCUGUGAAAUGCAUAAUAGAAUCUCCUGAGAAAAGCGGAACUGGUGAGAUCAUUAUACCGGAAGACUCUGACGAUUACUUGUUUUACUUGGAAGAUAUUCUAGGAACUCUCCACAAAGCUUUCUACGAUAUGUAUGAUCAGCUGAUAAAGGAAGGCAAAAAAGAACAUGCACCGAAAGUGAUCCCAGAUAUGAAAAACAUCGUGCCGUACGUGAAACGAAAGACACUGAAGGACUGUUCGAUCGUCUUCAGUGGUCUAAUACCAACUAACUUGGCUCCAGAGAGGAGCCGUGCGUACAACGUAGCCAGGGCACUCGGCGCCAACAUACAAACCGACGUUACACCAAAGGGGAAGGAAGCCCCGGAGAAGGGAGGAGCGAUGACUCACGUCGUCGCCGCGCAGUUGGGAACGAGGAAGGUGACGGUGGCGCAGAAGUGCAAGGGAGUCCACGUCGUGAACGUCGACUGGCUGUGGUCGUGCAACGAGCGCUGGGAGAAAGUCGACGAGCGGCUGUUCCCAUUGAACAGCGGGAAGAAGAGCCAGCCGGGCCGCGGCAGUCCGCUGCUCACGAGGAAACCCGAGGGUUCCGGCGGCGGCGAGGCAAAGACCGGCAGCAAGCAGGCACCGCCGGCCGCAUCACACUUCGACUACAACCCGCUGCUGACGCUCUCGUCGGAGGACCUCGCGCAGAUGGACAAGGAGGUGAGCGACGCGACCGACGAGGAGGCCGAGGAGGGAGAGCUGAGCGACGACGACGACGAUGACGACGACGGGGUCGCGCGGGUCGCGGACGUGCUGCGGGACGACCUUGACGCGUCCUCCUCAAGCGAGGAGAGCCUGACCGCCGAGUAUCCUCGCGGCUGGAAGCGCAAGCGCGACGACGACGACGACGACGACUCGGCCGGCGACUACGGAGACGUGCUCCAGAUGACGCAGGGGGAGGAUGACACGAACGAUGGGCAGUACGACGGAGGCAGCAAGCGGCUGAGACAGGAGGAGUCCGAGAGCGGGGAGGAAGGCGAGGUCGAAUCGAUCGGGUCCGUCGACGAGGAAAUGGCUGCGGCCGUGGAGAAGGAGUUUCUGUCGUAAGCGACAGGAGUUUCUUCGUCGGCUGCGAUGCUGUCGGCGGCGGAGUAGACGUCGGCCAUAACGGCGAUUGUACAGCGUAGCAGUUUACUCCGUGUUUGCCUUAAAGUUAUGUACAGUUGAUUGCUGUUUGAGAGAGCAGGAGUUUAGUAGAAUUUAACGUUUUGUGAAAGAGUGUAAAUGAUUUAUUGUCAUGUGUCAACUGGCAUAUAUCUCCAUGAGGAGUGGACAUCGAUUAUGUAGUAUUUGGAUUUAUUGCUGCACAUGGAAAGGUAAUAGUACUUGCAUAGUACAGCUUGAUAUGUGCUAGGAUUAUAAUAAGUAUAGUGGUACGUAGGUGACAUGCCCAGAACGGGCUGUUAUGCUCACCUCUAAUUUGUUAACUAUUUGUUUGUACAGUAUCAGAACACUAGUGAUUUGGUUAAACUAUGUCAUUUCAGUGAUGACAUUAAUAUGUAGUAUUUAAUUCAUUUAUGGGAGCCGUAUUGUAAUAAUUGUGGAGAGAAAUAGCAAGUAGUAUUUUUAUAAUAAACCUGUUUCAUUAUUCCGUAUUAUGAAAUGCUGUAAAUUUUUCCAUUUUCUAGAUUUCAAGUUGUAUUCUGUUUGCCGAUAAUUAUGUCAAUAUAGAUAUUAUCAGGAGUUAAUAAAAGGCAGUCUUUUAAAGAAAUUUGUCUUUUAUUAACUCCUGAUAUUAUUAUGUGAUGCCGACAUUCCCUACAGUACAAACACGUUCUUUUCUUAACUUGAGAAAAAAACUUAUUUCUUUAUUUCAAAUUCUAUAUAACGUCUAGCCGCAUAUGAAGCUAGCAUUAUACUGUUGGUCUGCUAAGCGUUAUAUCUUUUUGAUAAAUGCAAUCUGCAUAUCGAAAGUGUUAUUAUAUUAAUAAAAAAGCAGGCCUUUAUAUUGA